AUGGAGCAUCGCCAAAAAGAUUUAACUUUAGAAUUAUCUAGCGAUUUGAGUUUUGACGAGUUAGAGCUAGAAGAAGAGAUGGAUCAAAGGACACUGAGGGAGCUGGAGAAGAGCCACAUAAGCAUCUUCAAGAAUUUGAUGUCGAGAAUCAUAGACGCAGCAAGUGGAGGGGCCUUGAUGAGAAAAACUCCUAGAGAGGCGUGGGACUUACUGAACAAUAUGGUGAUAAACUCACAACAGUUCGGACAAAAAGAAGCAUUACCAGUUAAAGAAGCAAGCGAUGUGAGUUCUAUUCAACGACAAUUGACUGAACUGAUUUCAUUUGUUCGACAAUUUGUUUCAGGGAAGGCACAAAUUAAGGCUUUUAGGAUCUGUGCAAGUUCGGAACAUCCUACUGAUAUUUGUCCUACUUUAAGUCAAAAAGUAGAUGUCAGUGCUGCAGGAUUCAUCCCAAGAGCAUACAACCACUACUCGAAUACCUACAAUCUAGGAUGGAAAGAUCAGCCGAACUUAAAGUAUAUGAAUCAACAAUCUAAAUUUGGAGAUCAUUCGAGAGGAUUCCCAACACUUAACCACCCUCCACAACCCCCUCAAACGGUUCCUAGUAAUUCCUUAGAGGAUCUGAUGAAAACUAUGGCGUCUAACAUAUUGCCCUCACAACCCGACGUCAAUCCGAGGAAUGUGAGCUCGAUUGUUAUACAAAAUGGAAAAGAUUCAGAAGUAUCGAAGAUUGGAGUUCCAAAAGACAAGAAUGAGAAAGACAUUAAGAAAGAAAUAGAGCAAGACAUCACUGAAACAUUGAACAAUGUAACUUUUGAUACACCUACUAAUACUAAAACUAAUGUUGCACCGUUUCCUUGCAGGUUGGUGAAACCAAAUAAGGAUGACAAAAAUAAGAAGAUGAUGGAGAUGUUUCGAAAGGUGGAAUUGAACAUACUCUUACUAGAUGCAAUCAAGCAAGUGCCGAAGUAUGCAAAAUUUCUGAAGGAUCUUUGUGCGAACAAGAAUAGACUACAUGGAGACAAAUGCAUUAUUAUUGGUGAGAGCGUAUCUGCCGUUUUACAACGUAAGCUUCCUCAUAAAUGUAGAGAUCCAGCCGAUAGGACAAAUGCUAACCCUGAAAGAAUGAUUGAAGAUGUCCUAGUGCAAGGAGUCUUGAGAUUGCAUGAGAAAUCUAUUCUGGACAUAAAAUCAAAGCCGCAUCUGAGUCAAUUGAAGCUUGUUCACUUAAACGAUAAUGUGAAUCUUGCAAAGAAUUUUUUUCCAAAUACGUUAAAGAGAGGCGCUUCUUGGGAGACAACCCAAGUUUUCUAG